AUGGCAACCGAGGAUGCCCGAUACAAACAGUCAAGCCAAUAUCGGCUAUGGUCCUUCACCCCGUCACAUCUCGCUACCCUUCGCGAGAAAACUAAUACCCUCGCACGAACUCACAUCUCUAAUCGUCUGCGUGCCUCAGAUUCGCCUGUAGAUCCUUUACCUAACUUCCUAACCCCCGACGAAGAAUACACCAUCUUGAAUCACUUCACUCUCGAGCUAUUGCGCGCCGCUCCAUACUGCCAACUCCCGACCGAUAUCCAAGCGACCGCUGCCAUAUUUUUACGGCGCUUUUAUCUUACCAAUAGCGUAAUGACAUACCCGCCGCAGGAACUUAUUAAGACCUGCAUAUUCUUUGGUUGUAAGGCUGAGGGUUAUUUUAUACGCGUACAAAAGAUCGCAGAUACCUUUCCGAAUACGACCGGCGAGAUGAUUCUAGCUGCCGAAUAUGUUCUAUGUCAGGGAAUACGUUUCGCAUUCGAUGUGAGGCAUCCGUUUCGUGCUCUGGAAGGAACUGUCAUGGAACUCAGAAGACUAGGCGACUUUGAUGAUGACAGGAUAAACCAUGCGCACAAGAGAACGAGGGACAUCUUGAAAUUUAGUCCAUUGGUUACCGAUGCAUAUUUCCACUACACACCCAGCCAGAUCAUGUACGCCGCGCUGGCAAUGGCUGAUGAGGAAUUGGUGCAGCGUAUGCUUCGAGAGGCGUUCGCAGGCCAAGGCGAAGAGGCCAAAGCUAAAGUUUGGGGUGUCAUACAGAACUGCAAAGAAAUGCUAGAGAAAGAACCCCCAGAGAAGAUGGCUAGCUAUUGGACGGAUCCGGAAAGUACUAAAGCUAUUAAAGCCUUGCGGAGGAAGCUCAUCAAGUGCAGAGACCCUGAUAGAGCCGAUCUAGUCGCCCUACAAAAGGCGCGAAGGGAAGAAGCCGUGCCAAAACCGAAACCAAAGGUGGGCUCCGAUGCAGAUGAGAAGGUAUUUGGGAAUGGAACCGGCGAAGGACGAGACGCGAAAAGACGAAAGGUUGUUCCUGAAGGAGGUGACCCUUUUGGACCUCCCUUAUGA